AUGCUGCAGUCUAUUAUUACGAUACUCAGUGCAGCUGUGGCAGCUAUAGCAGUACCAACCGAUCAAUCUGUGUCAGGUGCUCCUAUCAAGACUGUCGUCCAACUGCAACAAAAUGGAACGCAGUUCGAGAAUCUCAUCACUCGUACAGACGGCACACUCCUCGCCACCAGAAUCGACAUUCCGGAGAUAUGGUGGAUUGACCCUGCAUAUCCCACUCAUACUCGAGUCAUCACCAUUGAGGGCGAUGUGGUAAGCAUACUCGGUAUCACAGAGACUUCUCCCAAUGUCUACGCCUUCAACGCCGGAAAUAUCACCAGCAAAGGGGCAGUCGAUGGCUCUUUUCAGAUCUGGGGCCUAGAUCUCACGCAUGGGGAACCUCAGACUUACCCCAUCACCAGGAUUGAUCGUGCGAGCUUCUUGAACGGCAUUGCAACUCUUGACCCCAAAACAGUCGUUGUAACCGAUACUAACUUGGGUCUCCUGUGGAAGGUCGAUAUAUCGACAGGUUAUUACGAGAUUUUGCUUCAAGAUCCGUCAAUGGCAAUUCCAGCGGGCAGCAGCACCCCCGCAGGAAUAAAUGGAGUGCACAUUCAGAAUGGUUACCUUUAUUUCACCAAUACAGCUCAAAUGAGUCUAAGCAGGUUUCCCAUAGCUAAAAAUGGCACAAAGACCGGCGGCAUCCAGCGGAUCGCUGAGGGUUUCAUGUGCGAUGACUUUGACGUGCAACCGGAUGGGACUGUGUAUUUGCCAACUACGGGUCAGAACACUGUUAUUCGAGUUUCGCUCGACGGACGCGUGCAACAAUUGGCUGGAACAGCUGAUUCGCUUGCCGUUGGCGGUGGAACAGCUGCGCAAUUUGGAAGAGGACCGCAUCAGAAGAAAAGGCUCUUUGUAACAACAUCAGGCGACCGCUUUUCACCUAUCAAUGGUACCAUAAUGGAGCCAGGGAAGCUGGUCGCGGUAGACCUGAGUGCUGUCAUCCCAUGA